AUGUCGACAACAAGCAGUGUCAAGAGUUUGGGUGACGUCAGGAGAAAGGCGAAAAAGGAUUCUUCUGUGCGACCUGUCAGAGAGGAGAAACGCUACAAGUGUGAGGAUUGUAGCAAGCAGUUCAGUCAGCUGGAUAAUCUAAAGGCUCACAUGCGAACUCACACAGGGGAGAAACCUUACAGACUUGGAGCGGGUCACCCCCCCUUCAACUACCACAUGACUGACCACCACGGUGGGACUGUGAACCUGGAAAACACCACAGAGGAAAAGGACCUUGGCAUCAAAAGCAAGCAGUUUAGUCAGAAGAGUAAUCUGAAGAAACACAUGCGGACUCACAAUGGGGAGAAACCUUACAAGUGUGAGGAGUGCAGCAGGCAGUUCAGUCUUUUCCAUCAUCUGAAGACUCACAUGCGGACUCACACAGGCGAGAAACCCUACAAGUGUGGGGAGUGCAGCAGUCAGUUUAUUGAGCUGAGUGGUCUGAAAAGACACAUGCGAACCCACACAGGGGAGAAGCCCUACAAGUGUGAGGAAUGCAGCAGGCAGUUUAGUGAGCUGAGUACUCUGAAGAAACACAUGCGCACUCACACAGGCGAGAAACCCUACAAAUGUAAAGAAUGCAGUUGGCAGUUUAGUCAGCAGGGUGCUCUGAAAAGCCACAUGCGGACUCACACGGGUGAGAAGCCUUACAAGUGUGAGGAGUGCAGCAGGCAGUUCAGUCGGCAAUACAGUCUGAAGAAACACAUGGAAACUCACACAACGGAACUUGUACAGGCGUGAGGAGUUAAGCAGGCAUUUCAGGCACUUGGUCAACUUAAAGGACACGAGCUUACUCACACAGAUGAGAGACAGGUGUUAGGAGUACUAAUGAAGCCAGCAGGUGGGGAAGUGAAUCAGAUCCGACAGUUUAGUCAGCGGUUGAUCCUGAAAAGUUACCAGAACUGACACGUUAUCAGUAAAGUCAUUUUCAGAUCGUGUUUUUGAUUUGCCCGCCUUUUCUGUUGUGCACCUCAUUUUGAUCCCAUGUAAAUAGUGAAGGUCAGUUACCCGUUUUCUAGAAUUAUUUAGUUUUCAAAAUGUUAGUUUUGUUAGAUGUGUAUCUUUUUCGAGUUCAUUUCCUGUUUUGUAACUUCUAUGAUGGUAUAUUGUAGAUGUUGUUUGAAUUGUUUAGUAGCAUAGCAAACUUGAAGUCAACUAGAACUAGCACUUUUUAAAAAUCUUUGUUGACAUAUUUACAUACAAUAGCGAGGUUUGCCUACACGGAAAAGAGUAGAAUUUUUUAUUUCUAAGAUUUUUGUUGGAAGUGCAUCAAGUUUUUGAUUUGAUUCCUAUCUUUUUACUUUUUUGAUGUAAAAUUCAUGUUUCUUUACAACGUCAUGUUUUAAAUGUUUUGUAGCAAACCUACAACUAGAACUUAACAUUGUUAUGUACAUUUGGGACAUACGAACGGUAGCAAGCUAAUGUCUAACAAGAAGAUGAUAAGUCCAUUGUUAUUGUAGAUACUCUAGAAUAGCUAUGCUUAGUAACGUUACCUUUAGACUCACAGUUUCAGUUUAGACAAGAGAACGAGAAAACAAGCAGAAGUGUUUAUAAUGUUGUACGAUUACUAGUACUAUUUGCUGAUUUCUAGUAAUUGGUAUAUUUGGUGUCGAUUUUGAUAUUUACCUGUUUUGUUAACAGUUGCACUUCGAAAAUAAACAUGUUUUUUUCUUUCACAUUGUAUGAAAAAUAUAGGAAAUUCCAAUUUACUUAUCAUCCCAAU